AUGCCGAACAUGCGUGGUGAUGGUAUGCGUGGUUUAGCAGUAUUCAUCAGCGAUAUUCGAAAUUGUAAAAGUCGCGAAGCUGAAUUAAGGCGUAUUAAUAAAGAAUUAACAAAUAUUCGUCAACGAUUUCGAACAGAUAAAACACUGGAUGGUUAUCAAAAGAAAAAAUACGUUUGUAAAUUGUUGUUUAUAUUUUUACUGGGACACGAUAUCGAUUUUGGAUACAUGGAAGCCGUCAAUUUACUGAGUUCAAACAAAUAUACGGAAAAACAAAUUGGUUAUUUAUUUAUAUCAGUCAUAAUGAAUAAUAGUACAGAAAUGAAGCAAUUAAUUAUCCAAAAUAUUCGAAAUGAUUUACAAAGUAGAAAUCCAAUAUUCAUCAAUCUUGCUCUACAAUGUGUAGCGAAUAUCGGAGAAAAAGAGAUGGCAACGGCAUUUACAAACGAUAUACCAAGACUGCUCAUAUCAGGUGAUACGAUUGACCCCGUUAAACAAUCCGCUGCUCUAUGUCUGCUGAGACUUCAUCGAACAAGUCCUGAAUCACUACAAAUGAAUACUGAAUGGACUGGCCGAAUCAUUCACUUAUUGAAUGAUCAACAUUUGGGUGUAGCAACAGCUGCUGUCAGCUUAAUCGAAGCUCUAGUUAAACGAAAUCCUGAGGAGUAUAAAGCUUGUGUCAAUCUGGCUGUUUCAAGAUUAAGCCGAAUUGUUACAUCGUCGUAUACAGAUUUUCAAGAUUAUACGUAUUAUUUUGUUCCUGCACCAUGGUUAUGUGUUAAGUUAUUGAGAGUACUCCAAAAUUAUCCACCACCAGAAGAUCCUUCAAUUCGUAGUCGUUUAAAUGAAUGCUUGGACACAAUUUUGAAUAAAGCUCAGGAACCGUUAAAAUCCAAGAAAGUUCAACAUUCAAAUGCGAGAAAUGCUGUUUUGUUUGAAGCAAUCAAUCUAAUCAUACACAUGGAUUGCGAAUCAACUCUCCUAGUCAGAGCAUGCAAUCAGUUAGGACAAUUUUUGCAAAAUAGAGAGACAAAUUUGAGAUAUUUGGCACUUGAGAGCAUGUGUUUAUUAGCUACAUCAGAAUUUUCACAUGAUGCGGUUAAAAAACAUCAAGAAACAGUUAUCAGUGCACUCAAGAGUGAACGUGAUGUUAGUGUUCGCCAACGUGCUGUCGAUUUGUUAUAUGCAAUGUGUGAUCGAUCGAAUGCUCAAGAUAUUGUUCAAGAAAUGUUAACUUAUCUUGAAACAGCUGAUUAUACAAUAAGAGAAGAGAUGGUAUUAAAAAUAGCCAUAUUGGGUGAAAAAUAUGCAGUCGAUUAUAAAUGGUAUCUUGAUAUAAUGUUGAAAUUAAUUAGAAUUGCUGGCGAUUUUGUCUCUGAAGAGGUUUGGUAUCGUGUUAUUCAAGUUGUUGUAAAUCGUACGGAUGUCCAGAGUUAUGGAGCCAAAAUUGCCUUUGAAGCACUUCAAGCUCCAGCUUGUCAUGAAAAUAUGGUUAAAGUAGCUGGCUACAUUCUUGGAGAAUACGGAAAUUUAAUUGCAUUAGAUCCACGGUCAAUUCCAAUGAUUCAAUUUGAUCUUUUACAUUCGAAAUAUCAUUUAUGUUCUCCAACUACGCGUUGUCUCCUCUUAUCGACUUAUAUGAAAUUUGUUAAUCUGUUUCCAGAAAUAAAACAACAUAUACAAGAAGUUUUACGUCAUGAUUCUAAUUUUCGUAGUUCGGAUGUUGAAAUUCAACAACGGUCGAUUGAAUACUUGAAAUUAAGCGAAGUGUGUACACCGACUGUUUUAGCCACUGUGCUAGAAGUGAUGCCACCUUAUCCGGAAAAAGUAUCACCGCUACUUGUGAGAUUGAAACAGAGAAAACCAAUGAUGGAUGGAGGUGCAAGUGGAGCAGGCGGUGAUGAAUCAACAACAGGAGCCGAUGGAUUUAAUCAUGAAAAUGCGAAUGUAGAAACAAAUAAAACCAAUGAUCUAACAAAUUCAUCUCAUGCCAUUAAUCUGAAUCAACAUGCAGUUCAACAGCAACAAAAUGGUCUUCUUGUUUCGCUCGAUAAUGAAUCAUCAACAGAUGAAAAUAACUAUUCAUUAGCCUCAGUUUUAUCUAAUCCAACGGCACCAACGUCAUUAAAUCAUCUAUAUAAACAACCAUCAUUAGAUCAACAACAAUCCAAGUCAAUUCCUGCCUCUUCCUCUGCUGGAACAACACUUAGCGGCAAAAAAUUAUUAUUUAAAACAAGUGAUAUUAUAUUUGAAAAUGAUCUAAUACAAAUUGGAGCUAAAUUAGAAACACAAAAAAGUACCUGUCGGUGUGAGCUCUAUAUUGGAAAUAAGACUGAUAUUCAUAUGACAAAUGUGGCAACAUUCUUUACCCUAUCCGGAGAGCUAGCUCAACAACUUAGAGUUAAUGCUGAACAAAUAAAAUCCACGAUUGAAUCUAAAGCCCAAUCAAAACAAUUAUUAACAAUUGAAUGUUUAAAAGAAUUUCAAGAUAUGCCAAAAAUCAGCGUAUCUUUCUUCUACAGUAAUGUUCCACAAAAAGUUGAUUUUUCAUUUCCAUUGUAUAUCAACAAGUUUAUUGAAAAAGUUGAAAUGGAUUCAAAUAAUUUCUUUUUACGAUGGAGAAAUUUGGACAAACCUGGACAAGAGUGUCAGAAAAUAUUUUCUGCUAAACAUCCAAUUGAUCAAGAUGAUUGUCGUCAAAAACUGACUGGCUUUGGUUGGAGUAAUCUUAUUGGAAUUGAUGUUAAUGCUCAGAACUUUUGUGGCGCCGGUAUAUUGCAUACAGUAGGACAACAAAUUGGAUGUCUGUAUCGUUUAGAACCAAAUAUACCAGCAAAAAUGUAUCGUUUGUCUGUACGUGCGAGCAAAGAUGCGGUUGCCACACGUUUGGUCGAAUUAUUGGAAGAUCAAUUUUAA